AUGGCUUUGAAGUCCUGUCUGUCCGGACUCUAUCACCGCGGCGUCGACAGCUUCCUGAGUGAGGAGCUCCAGGGGAAGACGUCCACCGCAGGGAAGGAGCUGCUGCUGCUGCUGUCCAGACCCCAUGUGAAGAGUCUUCUCUUCGUCCACGACUCUGUGGCACAGAAAGAUUACGAGCCGGAUCUGCCUCCUCUGCCCGACGACCUGGACGACGACGAGGACUCAGUCAAGAUCAUCCGACUGGUGAAGAACAAGGAGCCACUGGACUGUGGUGAUGUCACUGCUCCGCCUCUGUCCGAGGUCCUGACGUGCGAUGGAGGUAUUUCCUCUGUGGUCUCUGUGGUCUCGGACCCUCAGACCUUGGAGCACCUCCUGUGGUGGGGAGUAUUCUGGGAUGUCGUCUCUGCGUCUGUCUGA